GUUAAAUAAAGUACGAUUGUUAAAAAUCUAACAUGCUAAAUGUAUUUUGAUUGAUACCGAUGGGCAAUCAUUUGUAACAUUUUUAUUAAUUUUAUUCCAUUUUGUUUUUUAAGUAACCAAUUUUACUCAUUUGUUGCAAUCUGGCAAUGUGCGUGAUUGUAGAUUGCAGACUACAAUUCAGAAACCCAACAACACAUUAUUCAAGAUUCAACAACCAUGGUGAUUCAAGAUUCUAUUCAAGUGAAAGUGAAACUGUGAGUGAUUCAAUCAACAAUAAACAAACAAAUUCAAACCGAGUUGGCUUUGAUUCUUGAGUGUAUGGAAGUAUCGUUAUUGUUUCAGCAGCAUGGUGGGCAAAGGGGCAGGCCCAACAUCAAGGAGGUAUGGGUAUAGGAGGUUGAAUCCUGGCUACCAGCACGUGUGCUGUAACCAACUGUUCUCUAGGAUUGAAUUAAAAGCUCACAAAGAGGAGCAUCAUCGUGAAGGAUUUAUUUGUCCUACUUGUAACAAAAAUUUUGAAUUCCGCCUUGGUUUUUUACGACAUAAACAAAUCCACGAAAGAAAGUAUCAGUGUGAACAGUGUGGGUUUUCGACCCAGAAUAAAAUUAAACUUAAACGUCACAAAAAAAUAAAGCAUCCCAAAAUCCACAAAUGCGAUAAGUGCUCCUACCAAACCAAGAGCGAUUACAGUAUAAAGAGACACCAGCAGAAGCAUCGUAAAAAACAAAGCAAAUCAUGGACGGACUGGCAAACGGAGCAGAUAUUGAAAAAGGUGAUGGAAGAAAAAGGUAUACCGGACGAGUGAAUUUUAUUUAUUUGUAAACAUGUGUGUCCUUCAUCCAAAUUAUCCAAAUUAAAACUAUAAAAUGAUGUAUAAAAUACAAAUAUCUAAACUUG